AUGCGCAAGCAGGAUGGCCAGUUCAAAGCCCAGGCGAGGGACUUUGCUCAUCUCCAGAUCAAUAAGACGGAGCUGCAAUCUCUGCAAUCUGUUUCUAGUGAUUCUGCCAAGCUUCUCACCGAGAAGCUGACAUUGUCGCGCGAGUUGAACGCGCUACGACCCGAAAUGGACCAUCUCAAGUCGCAGCUCUCGCAUCAACAGUCGAUCCUGGCUGAGAAGCUCGCUCUAGAACGCCAACUAAACUCUAUUGAAGUGGAACUCGAGGCAGAGAAAAGGUCAAAACAACGCUCAAGGCAACGGGAAGACCAAGAACAAAUGAACGAACUUCACGCGAGAAUCGAGGACCUGGAGGCGAAGCUAACAGCGGAGAAGAAGGACAAGGAGCGCGUCAGGAAAGAGGGUGAACGUGCUCUCUCUGAGGCUGUAGCUCAGCAAGAGGUUCUUGAGCAAAGACUCGAGACCAUGAAGUUGAAGCUCCGUGACACAAGGGAAGAACUCAAGAAAUGCCAGUCCGAGCUCAGUGAGAGCAGGACCUCCACCUCUUCGUUAGUUGAGGUCCCGGAGGGCACUAUAUCCUUGCCCAUAGCACGCAAGCGAUCCGAGAAGAGGCGCGUCGAGGAGGCUACGACAGAGAUGACGAUUCAGACACCCGGAGCUGCCGAUCAGAAAACUAAGAAGGUGCAGAAGAAGAGAGGGUUGGACAUUGCUCUUGCUAAUGUCGGCGAGAAAUCCACCUUCUCCAUUACACCCUUCCUUAACCGCACCAAAAUGCUUGAGAACGAUAGCAGCGAAUCGUUUGACGAUGAUGAGCCAAGCCACAACUCUUCCGACGCCAAGUCGAUAAGCACCAUCGCCCCCAUCCAGCUUGCCACCAGCAAGAGCGAGGUCCCUGCACGAGCCAUCCCCACCAACCCGGCGGCUAAGCCGAGAGGCCGCCCGCGAAAGAUUUUGGGAGAGAUUGCGGACGCAAAGAAUUCAAAGGCGCUCAAGUCUUUGAAGAGGUUAGAUGAAAAGACCAAGACCGCCAAAGUCGACUUUGUCUUGGAAAAGGUAGUCGAGGAGCCCGAGGAGGGUGAAGACGACCAACCGGCCCCGAGCCAGAGCCAGAGCCAGCCGCGGCACCGGCGGAGCCCGCCCAAGCUGUGGCGGAGAAGGUCGUGGGCGAAGCCUGAACCGAAGAAGAAGAAGCGCAAGCUGCUUGGCGGACCCAACAAAACCCUCUUUGACGAUGAGGAUGGUGAGGCCGCGAAGCCACCCCCGAAAGCCCCCGUCGCUAAGAGGGCUUUAGGCAAAGCGGGCGUGACGCUGGGCGCGAAGCAGAAUGCCUUUGCUGGAAAGACCUUUUCUCCCCUUAAGCGGGAUAGAAGAGCGUCUCGUCAUGAGGCGCGGAAACCUAGCGCUCGCGGCGCCGGUAUCGAGGUGUUGCGCGUUCCUACCAGACCCCGGGCCGCGCCCUUGGCCGGCGGCAUCACCGGUUCCCCGUGGCGUAGGGACGACUUGGCCCUAGCGCCGUCGACGUGUCCCGCCGCAUUCGGGCGCGCUUCUUCCUCCUCCGCGUCUUCGCGGUGGAAGAGCCGGCAGGGCAAGGACCCGUAUGCGCGGGAAGCCAAGGUGCAGGGCCUGAAGAGCCGGGCUGCGUUCAAGCUCCUCGAGAUGGAUGUGAAAUAUAGGUUAUUCAAGAAGGGACAAAUCGUGGUGGACUUGGUCGCCCACGAGCGAACCAAGCCCCACAACCACGUCCUCGGCAUCGACCUCCUACCCGCCCAGCCUCCCCGCGGCGUCUCUUCGAUCCAGGGCAACUUUCUUUCCCCGGCGUGCAGGCCGUCGUCCGAGACUCGGUGCGGGAGGCCUACCUGCGCCGUCGGGCCGCCCGCAAGCAGGAGGCGGCCGAGCAGAGGAAACCCCUCGCCGGCGGGUCCGGCGGAGGGCGAGGAGGGGUUCGUUGCCGAGCACGAGCAUGUCGAGGCCUUGGAAGAGGAGCGCAGUUACCUCGAUAUGGAGAGGUUGGCGAUGAGGGACGUGGAGGAUGUUGCGAUGCCUGAGACCGAUCGAGUCGUAGAUAUCGUUCUGAGCGACAUGUCAGCACCCUGGCUCCUCCCUACAGACUUUCGGAAGAGUGGAGUGAAUAAUGCGUUCCAUAGGAUGAUGAACACGAGCGGUAUCGCAUUCCGCGACCAUGCCGGCAGCAUGGACCUGUGCGGCGCGGCGCUUCGAUUUGCGAGCGACACGUUAAGGAACGGAGGGCAUUUUGUCUGCAAGUUCUACCAGGGCUCCGAAGAUAAGGAGUUCGAGAAGCGGCUCAGGAGACUAUUCGACAAGGUCUACCGUGAAAAGCCCGACUCAUCACGCAAGGUAAAGUGA